GCACCUGCAAAAUGCGACUGGCCAACCCCACUUCGUCGAAGGAGCUUUCGAAGAGCAUCUGCGCACACCGGCAGACCAUGCUUCUGCCCGCAUCGUGUAGUAGGUAACAUGUUGCCCUUGUUCCUGAAAGCCUUCGCCUGUCUGGCACCACUAGCCCGUGCACAAUGCGACAAUGCGACUGCGAGCGACUGGCUGCUCUACGACAACGGCGCGUCCUACUUGAACCUGCCGGAGGUGGACAACUGGUCCAGGCUGAACGAUGCCCAGACGGUCUGGCGGAAGCUGAAGCUCCUGCAAGAUCCCGAAGUGGGCGACGCAUCCGUCAUCGUGAGCUUGGUUGACACAACAUUUGCUGAUGUUUCUGGCGCAGAAGUGGCACCCUGGGGCCUCGCGUCGGACUGUCGUGGGUCACCGUUCAGCGGCACUAUGCAGGUCAAUCUGCUGAACACCCCCUUCAGAUAUGAGGCAGUCCUCGCUGAUGCCACGGGUUACAAAGCCUUCGGCUCCGUGUCCUGCCAACAGAGUUUGCAAAACUGCUCUGCGAGUUGUGGAGGUCUUUGCGGCUUUUGCGGCCUGGGCGAACAGACCGUCACCCAAGCACAACUUCCUGUGAUCGACCAGUGUGCCUUCGACAUGGGAGUUGAGGCCUGGGUGACCACGACAACCUCUACCGGAACGCGGACGACCCUGACAUCGUCACGGACCUCAUCCGUAACAUCAUCUACGACAACUUAUCUGGGACCAACGAGCACUAGCACCACCACGACUACAAGCGUGACUUCGUCCACGUCAGCCACGGUCACUUCAACAUCCAGUGCAACAGUUUCGAGCACCUCAAGUUCCACCACCACCAGUACUACAACCCAGGUGAACGGCUACUACUACUACCGAUUCACACCCACGCGAAUAGCAGACGAAGGUGGAAGCUGCUGCUGCGCCCAUGCAGUUGCGGAGCUCUACUUCAGGAACUGUGGCGCAGAUGUUGACAUGGCAUUGGCCAGUGCCAGCAAUCCUGGCGGUUCUUGGCAGAGCAACCCACCGGGCAAUGCCGUAGAUCUCCGGCUCGAGACGAAGUGGCGGGACAGCAACAGGCGCCCGCUCAUCCUUGCUUCGCCGAAUCUGAUGCCGGUGGAUUCCUACAGCUAUGUCACCGGGGAUGACUGCCCUGACAACGACCCCACGGCCUUUGAGUUGCAUGGGUCACAAGACGGUGUCUAUUGGGAGUUCCUGGAUGCUCGGACGAUGGCAGACCGACCGCCCGCCUCUUGGCGACCAGCUCAGACCGAAUGGUUCACGUUCAAGAACUGCACGCCGACCACGACGGCCACAAGCUUGACACAAACCUCCCAGACCACGUCUUCGUCAACCGUGUCCAGAACUUUUACUGUCUCGACCACCAUCAGCCGGACGAGCACAGCGAGCACCACGACGUCGCCGGAGGGUGCCUUCGUGCAGCUGAUUGAAUCUGGCACCUGUGCGCAGCUUUCACUCUUCCCCAUCCUGGGCCCCGCAGAGUGCGAGCAGGCUGCGAGGCAGUUGGAUCUUCCGGACCUAUCUGCGCAGAUCACAGCCGAAGCCGAGAGGCCCGAGGGAUGCUACUUCUUCGAGGGCCUCUCGCUCUGGCUGGGUGUGAGCCCCGCCAGCAAGGGCAGGGGUGCUGAGACCUCCGGCCCGGAAGCCAACAAGACACGGCAUCCCAUCUGCAGCUCAGUCAUGCCGGACAUGCGUGUCGCCACUGGCCUCGCUGGUCACGGAGGCCCGCGAUCAGGACUCUUUGUCGUGGCUAUGCGUGCACAUGAUGUGCAAUAUGUGUGUUAUUGA